CUGUCACAUUUCACGCUGACUCCAAGCGAACACAGGGCGCAUACACACACACAUAUUCGCAUACACUCACACAUUCGCAUACACUCACACGCUGGGCUCACCAUAUUAUCGACAGAUCCGAGGCAGGAGUACAGUACGAGGAGAGCACAUACAAGUGACUUCUUCAGUGAGAGGAACCGAGAGGAAAAACGCAGACAGAGAAGCAGAGGAAACCCCCCGUAAGGAAAUGCCAAUCGCAGCCGCUGGACAGCCAACGACUCUUGAGCCCAGAGUUUGCCCCCGGCUGCCCUCCACCCCGGAGCCUGUCCCUAAAGGGGCUGAUUUAUUCGACGAAGCGGGGGCGGCGGAGUCGGCGGAGCGAACAGAGUACGGGGGCGCGGAGGGGGGCAGAGGACUCGGGGGCUACAGCUACAGCCACAGCGGCGCUAGGGGCUUUGUACAGCCCGGAUCCACCAACGGCUCUCCGCCGCAGUCCCCAGCCGCGUCCUCCUCUUUUCUCUUCCACCCGCUUCACCCCCACCAAAUGGCCAUGGAGCCCCCAAGGACUCGAUCGCGUUCUCGUUCCGGAUAUUACCAGCAGUAUGGCGGUGGGAACGGCAAUGGAAUAACCGGCAGCGGAGUCAUGGGAUCUAACCACCACCAGCACCAGCAGCAACUACACCCACAGCAGCACGGUGCCGGUUGCGCACCACUUGGAGCUCACAGCAACCACCCGGAGAACCAGCCAAGAGCCCCAGGAAGUAACGCCUCUCCCGGCAUUCAGAGGCUUUCUUCGGUUCCCGGAGCGCACCGCAUCCCGGCGGAAGGAGCCUCUGGAGGGUCCUACCACUGCCAUCCAGAUCAUGCAUAUGGAGACGAGAGUGAUAAGAGCGAGGAAAGCCCCAGUCCAAAGCGCCAGAGGCUGUCCAGUCAGACUGUCCUGGAACAGCUAACCUCAGCCGUCCCCCCACCAUCCACCCCAUCUCCCCCUAUCCGCCCCUGGGAGUCAGGACCCUCAAGUCGGAGACAGCCUCACCCCCACGCGCACUACCACCAAGAGAGAUACCUCACCCCCGCUCGGCUCAGACGCAGCCCGCCAGCUAGGCGUCAGCGCGGCCGUCUCUCCAGACCCACCCGUCACCUGCCUCCCCCACCACCACUCCACCCUCGCCUGUCGCCAUCCGAGCACCAGGAUGAGAACUACCACCACCACCCUCCCAUACACCAGACGUACACGACACACACGCCUAGCGUCUACAGUCAGCCUCCCACAGCCGGGGGCGGGGCCGUGGGCCUGGAGGAGCCCCGAGCUUUCCACCCUCCCACCCUACCACGACUACUGCACCCUGCUGCCCACCAUCAUCACCCUUACCACCACCAGCACCACCACCAGCAGCAGCAGCACCAUCACGCAGCCCAGCAGCAGCAAGGAGCCAUGGUCAUGGACCUCCAUGAACAGCUGCAGCAGGCCAGUGUCCCGGUCUCCUACACGGUGACCCCCGUCCCCCCGCACAGUCUGGCAGCGCCCCUGUGUAGCGGCCAGCACCUUCCCCCUACCUGCUCCGCUCAACAACAAGUCCCCGCCUGCAGCGUGGUCUUCAGCACUGGACAACACUACCACCCGAUGCUACAGGCGUGUUCAAUGCAACAUUUGCCGAUGCCCUAUGCCUUCCCCUCGCUGCUGUCCGGUGACCCCCAGUUCCUGCUUCCCCACCCCCCCCACCUCGCUCACCACCCGCCCCACCUCCCCACACCCGCACAGUUCCUGCCUUUCCAGACGCAGCAGCCACGAUCGCCCUUACAGAGGAUUGAAAACGAGGUUGAGCUUCUGGGAGAGCAGCUUUCAGUGGGCGGGGGCUUCAGCUACGCACACCAUCACCACCACCACCAUCAUCACCAGCCCCCCCCCACCCUGCCCCCAUCCACACCGCUCCAGUUCCUCUCGCACCACGACCCCUUGGUGCAGGAGCUCUUUCCAUCGCCCUAUCCACAUUUUAUGCCUCGUCGAUUCACCAGCCGGCGUUACCGCUCCCAGCAGGCGGUGCCCCCGUCCCCCUACCACCCCAGCUUCCUGCCAUACUUCCUGUCCAUGCUCCCUGUGCCCCCCAAUGUAGCCCCUACUAUCAAUCUGGAGCUGGACGUAGACGACGGAGAGGUGGAGAACUAUGAGGCCCUGCUGAACCUGGCGGAGCGUCUCGGGGAGGCAAAGCCCCGCGGUCUGACCAAAGCAGAUAUAGAACAGCUUCCAUCGUACCGCUUCAACUCCAACAACCAUCAGUCUGAGCAAACAAUGUGUGUGGUGUGCAUGUGUGACUUCGAGUCUCGCCAGCUCCUCAGGGUCCUGCCCUGCAAUCACGAGUUCCACGCCAAGUGUGUAGACAAGUGGCUUAAGGCUAACCGAACCUGUCCUAUCUGUCGAGCCGAUGCCUCUGAGGUCCAGAGGGAUUCUGAGUGACCUCAUGUCAACACUCACAAUCCCACACUCCCUUUUGGAUGCACCAACCAAUCAGUGAACUCUCAUACACUUCCCCUCACACAUUCUGCCACACACCUGGGGACCAGUGCUCCUUAGUCCUUGUUUCUCUAUCACCAAAAACACUGAACAGUUAUACUAACCUGGGAUCAGCAAACCUUCUACUGGCUCACUUUACCGCUGGACUUCCUUGGCAUUCUGUUUUUGGACUCUUACACCCUUACUCUGCCUUCUGCUCAUGGUCACCCCUUUCUAUGAAUGGCCUUUGAAACUCACAAACAGUGGCAUGGUCACGUGGACAUAUAUAUAUGUGUAUUUUUGUAAUACUCAAUAUGAGCGCGAAAAGACAGAAAAAAACACUCCCUUUUUUAAGAGAGUUGUUUUAACAAAACAUUAAGGGAGAAUUGGCAGUCCAAAGAGUAUGGCAAUUUCAUCUGGUUAUAAUUGAGCAUUCACAUUUCUACUAGGGGUAUUAUAAAGACAGUUGAACAGCAUCAUUGAAUCUUUAAUUUCUGUAUGUGCAUUCCUCAGUGUGAAAGUACUCCGUUUGGGGUUUAAACAAAGAAAUUGCACACUGUGACAAAGCUACUUUGGAACAGUGAGGCUGUAUUAGCUCUGGGUGGAAGUGUGUUAUUCUUCCUUUAAUAUUUAUACAGUUAAUCGACUUCCUAAAUCCUGUAACUUCAGACCGGUUUAUGGCUGAGAUUCACAAAUCACACUUAAGGAAAACCUCCAGGAAGUCAACAAUGCUUUUUUGUUCCGUUUUGUUACCCUCAUGAUCCCCCUCUUCAACUCAAACCCAAUCACAUGAUGUCAGCACAUUGUCCUGUCCCAAAUAAGUAACAGCUGGUGGCUUUGGUAAGCACACUAUGCUGACCUGAAGGAAACGGAUCCACCAUAUCCACCUUGUAUGGAAGUCCUAAAAGGCCAUGGUCCGCAUUUUUCAUUACCCAAAUGUCCCCAUGGAAACAAUUUAAUUCCACUUUUUUCUCUCAAAAUGUAAUUAUCUAAAAAAGAACCCGUGUUGUUUUCCUGAGAUAACGCCUAUGUCAAUUCAUGAGAAAAUGUUUUCUUGUGAUCUUAAAUUAACUAUUUUAUUAUCUCAAACAUUUGAUCUUUUUAAAAAUCAUUCAGGAAAACAACAUUGUUAUUUAGAGAUAAUGACAUAAAUAACUUGAGAAAUCUGAUCAAUUGUCACUGGAAAACCGGGUAAAUGGAAUGUUUGAAGUAUGGCGCUUGAGGGCUUCCGUCGAUUUCCCUCAAGGCAGUUUCCUACAGAGCUGAAUGCAUAACCUUCAUCAAUUACAGAUUUCCCCAAGACAUCAUACAUGCUGAGUUUACUAGCUUUCUUACGGGACUGAGGCCUUUGAGAACAUGUUUCUAUAUCCGUCUGGGGACUCGAGCAGCUUUCUGUGAGUGUUGGUAGAUAUUAAUGCAAUGUUUGAAGAGACUUAUAAGGUCAUAGCUUAAUCUACUGUUUCACCAGACGGUGGUUGUGACACUGUAGCACUUUAAUAUGUAAGACCUACACGCUUUCUUCAUUGUAAAGAAACCACUGAUCAGUUUUUCCGCAGCUCAUGCGUGUUUGAGAAGAAUUUGAAUACAUUCAGAACAUUAUUCUCUCGCAUCCACAGCAACAAUAUGUCAUACUGUAAGCCGAGGCAAGUUAAAACAUUCACCUCACGCACAGAGCAGGAUUUCUAAUGUAACCGUUUCUAUCCCAUCGCAACUGGCGUUUUCUUUCAAGAUGGCAGCCUUACAUAUUUACAUUCACACUCUUUCAAUGGAGAUGCGUUUUCUCCUUUUGCAUCUCGUCUCUAUCCAAUGUGUCCAUAUCAGACCAAUACAUCCGUUCAGACCCCAGUUUAGUUUUUUUAAUCAACAUUCUCAGUGGAGAAGCAGUUGUUUGUGUAUAAAGUUGUUAUAUCUGAGGUAACGGAGAGAAAUUAUGUUUGAUGUCUUUAUUCUUUUCUUCUUUUGGGUAAAAGGCCAUAUUUAUGACUGUGCAUCCAUUAAGCAUCCUGGGAUUGUUUUGUGUUGGACAGUUUUUUGUUUUGUUAUGUUGCUUGGUACAAUAUCAAUUACCUCAGUCCCACUAUUUAUGUAUUUCCUGAAAAUGGCGCAGGCAGUAGGAUUAGUGCUCAUCAAUACAUUUUGCUAAUAUUUUCCAUGCAAGCUGUUGGGUUGUUGGAAUAUUUUGACUUUUAAACUUUAUGAAGCUCUAUCAAAAUGGUGUCAUAGUAGUUUCAUUAUGUAUUAUAUUUGUAACUAAAUGAUUUGAAGGCCUGUUAUGAUGAUAAUGACAUUUUUAACAAACAUUUGUACAUUUUGUAUGAGAGUUAUUACUAGUAAUACUUUAUUAAGUAGUGCAAUGAUUUUUUUGUAAUCCCUUAUCCCAUCUUUUGGAUUUCAAAAGCUGGUUCAAUAAUAAAUGUAUAACUUCUUCU